AUUACACCUCAUUCGCCCACCUGUCUCGGCCCAUGUCCGUUCCCGUCUCCCCAGAGCAGAGCCCAGCAGCGUUUUGCUGGUCCCAGGAAGCGGUGCAUGAACCCGCUAUUCGCGGAUCAGCACAUUCAUGCCCAGGUCCCCAAUUGCUCGUUUCUCCUCUUCCCCUCCCUACGCUUCACGUCGUCGAGAACGCGUUCAGGGACAUCUCUACUCAGAGUCGCGUGUUCUUGCUGGAUCUCUCUCUUCUCUUUUCCGUCAUUGCAAUUGUUGAAUUCACACCUGUAGUUCCUCGGUCCUUUCCCGUUGCUUCUUUGCGCCAUUCGAGCAUUAGAAAAGUCCAAUUGCAUCAGCAUUUAAGGCAAAACUCUCGGGAAAAGAACCUCUUGCACAAUCCGUCAUCGCCGUGGAAUAUCCAUUCGCCACAAUUAUCCAGAUCCUCUAGGGUACCAAAUUUUCGUUCCCUUCAUUCACGACACCUUUCGAAGACGACUUCUCAGAAACGUCCGACGCGUUCCUUUCACCCACCCGUUGCAUAUACCAGCUCAUUCUAUCGUCGGGCGAUUAUACCAGUCCCCACCUGUACCCAAGCUCGUCCGAGGCAAUAACCAUUGGAUACUGUUCUGGAGGCACAAGCAUAGGCGCGAUUGAUUCAAGAUCAUAGCAGCGGUCUCGAUCGAAGUACGAUUGGUCUCCAUAUCUCGCUCCAUACAUGGGUUAAUUUCGC